AUGUGCCCUGGCGGCGCGAGGUCGCAGGUGGGCGAUUUUGCACCGGUUGGCGGCGGUGGCUGGCAGUCGGCCGGUGACCGGGCUGCUUUCGAUGCUGUGGUGAUGCUGCGCCACGGCUGGGGCCCUCAGCACCGCCCAGCAGGUGAGCAGGCCGGCGCUGCGGUCCGGCGGCAGUUCUUCCACUACUCCCAGGGACAAGUGUACCUGGGCAACUACCCCCCCCCCCCAUUUAAGGACAGAAUCAGCUGGGCUGGAGACCUGGACAAGAAAGAUGCGUCCAUCAACAUAGAAAACAUGCAGUUCAUUCACAAUGGCAUCUACAUCUGCGAUGUCAAGAACCCUCCGGACAUCAUUGUCCAGCCUGGGCACAUCAGGCUGUACGUGGUGGAGAAAGGUACUUGGCCCUUCAGCGUCUCCACGGGCCCAGUCAUAUAUUCGCAGUUAGACCACUCCGGUGGCCAUCACAGUGACAAGAUCACCAAGUCAGAAUACGUGGUGUAUGCGGACAUCCAGAAAAAUUAAGACCCAGAGCAUCCUGGACAAGAAACAAACCCAAACUGGACUCUUGUGCAGAAAAUGUAGCCCAUAACCACGUGUGGCCUUGGGGACCCAGGCAAGGACACACACAUGUGUAGACCCAGAGGGAGGAAAGGAUGUGGAUGAAGGACAUGUAUAUUCUAUUUAAUCUUCCUGCUGUGGGGCCAGCAUUGCAUGUCGAGAAGAUGGUGUGAGGGUGUGAAUCUGCCUACGUAUAAACGUCUUGCCAUUUCUGUACAAGCUUUGGGGGUCAUUAAGAGUUGGGAUAUUUCAGAAACAUUCCUGUCACCACCAUUUAUAUGUGGUUGUCUUUCAGAGACAGUAGCAGACUUCUGUGWUUCCAGUGGACGUGGCCUUUUAAUCCAAGGGCUGAACCAGUCUUAGCAUUUAUUGUCAUUGG